GUACUCUGUCUAACAGAGAUUUCAUAUCCCAAUUUUCUUUUUGUAGAAUUAACAAAAAGGUUUUGUGAUCUGGGUGCAAUUUUCACAGUAAUAUUUGUUAGUUCUAUAAUAUUAACUCUAUUUUUGGUGCGUAACACGAGUAUGUCAGUGAUGCCAUGUAUUUUUUUAAUAACCUUUAGUUUGGCCAUGGUGUUGAAAGAGUACAAAUUUUUUCAUUUGAUACAGAAAAGGCUUAUAUCUAACAACCCCAGUUUUUUAUUGUAUAUUUAUCUUCCAACCAUUUAUUUUAAGAGGAUUUUGUAUAUGCCACUUCAAGGAGCGAAAUUAUGUUGUUUGCAUGCUUUCAUCCUCACAGCAUUUAAUAUUGUUUCUGAUGGAUUCGCAAUUUACAUUUGGUGGUGGUUAAUGGGAUUUCCUAAUCUUUCUCCGGAUAUGGCGGCUCUCUUAACAUUAAUUUUGGUGAAAGAUCCAGUGAAUAUUAUGCUUAGAGAAGGAAAUGAGAGGGCUUAUCAAGGAAUGUUCUCAAACACAUUAGAAUUCGAAGCACUCAUAAGUACUUUAAAAGGGAUUGCCACUCUACCUAUGAUGAGGCACAUGAUUCAGACAUGGCAAGAAUUCUUAUACGACAUUUUCAAGCACAUUACUUUUCCUCUUAUAGCCGGUUAUUUGUGGGCGAAAAUUAUAAUAUUUAUAUACUACAUUUCCAAUCGGGAUACGAUUAGUGUUAUGAUGACAAACGUCGCCAUGCCUAUGAUUAUACAAUAUAUUAACGAAAUAGCAUAUUUAAAUGGCACAGUUGUUUUUUUGGUGAUGGGAUUUUUACUAAGUAGUCAAAGAAGAACUUUCUCUAUGGAGUUGAACGAAGCAAACGAUUAUUUAUUUCGCAUGAUAGAUUUCACAUGUCGUAUAUUCUUAAUAAUGGUGUUGGGAAUGACAUUGCCAGUAUAUUAUAGAAUAACUCAUGAUUCACUGCACCCACUUAGUCUCAAGAUCAUUUUAUUUGCGUUCCUCCUCUAUCCGCUUUUGAGUAUCAGCCGAUAUGUUAGUGUAUUUUGUUGUUGGCCAUUUCUAUAUUUUUUAGGUUAUAAAUACACGUGGAGAGAUGUGAUAAUAGUUGGAUGGUCUAGCAUGUCUGAACUCCUUCAAAUGAUACUUUUGCUAAUUGUUUCUGAUGCACAAGUCGAAUAUUUUCGUAACUGCGAUAUUAUAUUUAUAGCAAUUUGUAUGCAUUACAUAUUUUCAAACAUUAUAAAUUCUUCGUUGGUCCCUUAUUUUGUCGUACUUCUGAAAGACAAGACAAUGGAUGGAAUAAGUGAAUUAAAUAUGAAUAACUGUGGAAAGCAUAUUAUGGAAAUAAACAAAUGCAAAAUUGAUAUUGCAAAAAGAAAACAGAAUCCUGGUCCUGUAAAUUGGGAAGUAGUAAGCAAAUGGAUAGAAUUUGAUAGCUCAUACGAAAAAAGAGAUAUUGUAAAUAAUGAGGAAGAUAACGUGGCAAAACCUAAGCCCACGUUCAAUUAUGAACUUCUACUGAGAUAUUCAAGAUUGAGAGUUUUAAAUGCUUUGGAGAUGUCAUACUAUCAACAAUACGAAAAAGGAUUGUGUACUUCGGCAGUUCUGAUUACACUUCAGAAUUUAGUUAGUCAUACAAGAAACAUGUCAAAAACUCAAACGAUAAAAGUGGAAAGUAUCCUUAAUCUUUUUGACAAAAAGCAAUUUAUCAGAAUAAUAUUAUUAUGUCUAUUCGAUUUACUUGAUAUGGAUAGAAAAUUACGUAAGCCAACAAAUUUUUGGGGGGCCUUUCUUUACACAGUCAAGAGAUCAUGUACAUUUAGAUUUAUUUGCAUGGUUGUGGACAUUUAUUUAUUCUUCCACCUUAUAUUUAUUAGCUCUCAACUUUAUGUGACUUUACUAACAUCAAUUUUUAUUGGAACGAUAGAUAUUUUCUUAAGUUUUACGGCUUCAAGUAGAUAUGGGUAUAUGGAUGCGAUAAAAAGAAACCUUAUGUCGUUUACACUUUUUAACAUUAUUGUUUGGAUGAUUUCAAUAUUAAAAGUAACAUUGGAUAUGUGUAACAUAUUAACUUUUCAUGGUUUUCUUCGAAUAUUGUUAAUAAUAAUGAUUGUUAUUAGAGUUAGUGGAAAUAUUUGUCGAAUUGUGUUUGGAAUUCUUCCUAAUUUUGAGGAAUUUGUGCGAUAUAAAAUACGUGACAACUUAAUAUACCUCUAUAUUCUGGGACAGACUUAUAAUAGGGGAAAUGAUGAUGCAAUACAUUCUGUUGAAAAUUUUCUUGUUAAAGAUCCUAGAAUCGAAAGAUCACUAAUUAAACAUUUAAAUAGACAUAAGCAAGAAGUUAUGGAAAAACUGGCCUUAUUAAUCAAACAACAUCCUUGGGUUUUAGUAACAGUGAGAACUAAAUAUGUUAUGUAUAAGACGUUGCUAAACACAAAGAAAAAUAUUGAAGAAAUGAAGGAUACUGGAAGAAUCGAUGAAUCGGAGUAUUAUAAAUUAAUGCACUCGUAUGAAGAUCGAUUGCUGUUCUUAAAUAAAUUUCAGAAAAAAGUUUCUCCACAAACGGCAGAAGAAGUAUUUAGUAAGGUGUCUUGGUUAAAAAUUUUGGAUUCUAAUACCAAAAAUUAUUUAUUGAAAAAUGUUGAAAUUCAAUUCUAUCUACCGCUGGAUGUUAUAUACUCUGAAGGAGAUAAGCCCAUUGGAGUUUACAUUAUUGCUUUAGGUAAUGUUCGAGUUAUAUAUACUCCAAACUCAGAAUUAUUAGAAGCAUUAAAUGUGCAUGGAGAGUUACCGAUUGUAGAAUUAAAACCAAAUAUGAGUUUUGCAACAAUUUCUGAACAUCUUUUAAUGAAAGAUUUUUCUUUUGGGGAGAUGGGUGUUUUAACUGGACGACAUUAUAACUCAAAAGUAAUGGUGGAAACUCCGUGUAUGUGCUAUUUUUUACCUCUAGAUUGUUUUCAUACAAUUUUUGAGAACAAUCCGAGCCCUUAUAAUAAUCUGGAAGCUGCUAUGUGGAAACAUGCGGCAACUAUGAUUGCUUAUCAAUUACUGAUGGAGAGUCGAGCAUUUAACUCAACUAAAGAAGAAAUAUUGGAACUGGUUGAUAGAGCUUUUAUUCCCAAUUUAAAGGACUACAAAAUUUUUGUAGUUCAUAGUGAUAUAGAAGAACUUUUAUUAAUUGAAGGUAUAAUAUUAGAUAUCCGAAGGAAUAAAAUGUAUGUCGCCCCUUGUUAUAUUCCUAGAAAUGUAGAAAAAAUUGCUUUAUCCAAAAGUCAUCUUUUGAGGCAUGUUUCUAAUAUUUUCACCAAAAUGAUGAUUAUACCUGCUAGAGAUAUAAAACAAGCAGAUCUUAUGAAAUCUGAAGAACGUAUUUCAGAAAUUUGGAGUAGAACUUCUGGAAGAUAUUUGUAUCAAAGUUUAACCAAUAUUAUUGAGUCGCCACAAGAAGAUAAAGACAUAAAUGAUUUAGAAGUACAAGUAAAAGAAGAUGUUGACGAAUACAAUUUGCCUGGUACCAAACGUACACCUUGGAAACUUAGAAAGAGUAAAUAUUAUAGAGAUAUGAGACUUUCCAAGAUUCAGGAAAAAUAUAAAUAUGAGGAAAAUUAGACAAACAUUCUUUUAUAAAGCUUGAAUAAAAGUGAAUAAAUUUUAAAUAAAUUA